AUGUGUUUGAUAUCAAAGGUAUCCAUCUUCUUAUUUUUUGCCCUUACUUCAGUACUAGCUUUCCAUCACCCACCCCAAGAGGAGCACCCAAUCUUCAAAAUCACCUCAAAUACUCACGAUAAGACAACCAUCAUUGGCUUUUUACAAGACGUGGCAAACAAAAUUGCAGUAUCGCCAGCACAAUUGAACCGUUUUUAUCAAGGGACUAACUCACUAAGCUCAUCUUCCCCGACAAAGGAAGAUAAAAAGUGUCUUGAAAAUACGAUAAUCAAGUUUUACAUCCGUUCGUUAAAAUUGACCGAUCACAUCUAUGAAGCUAGUGAGUGCAGAAUAAACUUAAACCCGAGGAUGCAGUCAAUACUACAACCGACACCAAAUAUCCACAAUUUAUUAUUGAGAGACAACGACAUGCUCGAUACGCAAUUGAAGUAUGUUCUAAUGGAUGAGUUUAACCGGUAUCAACAAUUUAAGGAUUACAAGUUCAACGAUUUUCAACAUUUGAAUUAUGACUUAUCGUGCAUCAUCGAUUACCAGGAGCUAAUGCAAGUUGAAUUGAUGGAAACAGUGGUGGAAGCAAACUUGGAAAGAAAAGUGGAAGUGGAUGAGGCGUGUGGGUUGAGCAUACUUAAUCAAAACUUUAUUGGAACAUCCAUUGACUAUAUAACGACACAAGUGCCAAUCAAUGGUACUUUCUACUGCAAAAAGGGAAGAAGCUCGACUUGUAAUAGGGCUAUAGCAGACUCAUCAAAUGCGAGGUACAGGCUUCCUGAAUACUAG